AUACUAUCGACGACUUUGUAGGAGCUAACUCAAGAAAUGUACUAAAUGGUACUGUUGGUGAUGGUGGGCCUUCCACUGGCCCUUGGGGACGAGAACCACAGGUUUACGGUCAACCAGACACAGGCCUCAUCUCUCCUCGAGAAGCCAAGUCAGCUAAUGGAGAACAUUUCGAGAAACCCGAACCAUAUCUGCGAGUUCGCAUUACAGCCCUGGACCGGAACCGGAGAGACAUUCUGAUACGCUUUGAUGCUCAGGCAAAGUUCCAGCGAUUCUACGAACAAAUUGUCUUCAGCAAUCCGCAAACGAUUAUCCCAGCUUUACCCCUUGCUCAAACUUCAGCGCCGAGCGAUGAAGAGGUCUGUGAAGACCCUAUUCUAUUGAGUGAUGAGGAAGUAAGAUCCUUCAUUGAGAGUGACUUUGGUGUCAGUUCAUUUCGAUACGUUAUACUGGGUCGUCGACCCCCAGAUGAGGAUGAGCAGCUUCUGCAGGCUCGGUUUGAGCUCACCAAACUAGAAACCCAGUAUAUCGAGGCUGCCAAAUCCGUUGACAAGCUUUCGCAGACUCGGAAAGGUAAUGUCCUUCCAAGAGGGCUGAUUGAUGUUGCCACGGCAGAAGUUCACCCACCUCUGGCUGCCGCUACACGAAAGAUGGGUCGCAGCUGGCAUACGUAUGCAGAUCUAGACGCUGCCCAAGAGAUCAGCGAUCGAGUCAUUCUCGGAGAUUCCUUAGGGGUCAAGGAAACACUGCUCCAACGAAGUCUUGUACUAGAGGAAUAUCAAGAUGCAGUAAAGAGUACCAUCGCGAAACGACGAAACAUCGAACGUCUAAAAGCUAGUUCGAACAUUCGCCCGGAACGAGUUGAUGAUGCCCUGGAAGAACUAGAAGAGGCAAAUAAA